AUGUUAGGCAAAAAAUAGAGUUAAUGUGUUGGGUUCAAUCCUUUUAGUAAAUAUGCAAAAGAAAAGCCAAGUAUAAGUACUAAAAUCAUCAACAAAUUGAAAAGCUUGUUUUAGGUCAAUUUAAAUCCUUCUUCUUGUAUACAAAGGGAACUUAUAUCUCAAUAGACAAUAUAUGUUCCUGUAAAUUCUGAAAUUGUUGGAGCAUAAACUAUAGAGCAAGGUAUCUAUGAUUUACAUUUUAGAUUCUAUAAAAAUAUGUCAUUCUUAGAGUAGCUAAAGAUAAAGAAGAAAUAAAUAUACGAGCUUUGAUGAUCAUCUAAAAGAAUAACAAAGUGAUAUAGUAUAGUAAAAUGAUUAGUCUUCAAAAGUAUAACAAAAAGAAGAAAAAGAAUUGAGAAAGCUGAAUUGUAAUUAUAAAAACAUAUUAAGAUUUAGCCUUAAAAAAAAGUUUCGAUCCUGUUUUACCAAAAGACAUUGAUAAUGCUGAAAUAAAAGAGAAUAAGAUCACUCAUCCACGUAGAAAGCUGAGUUCAUAAUAAUACAAAAAAAGAAAACUUGAUGGUAUGAUUUUAAAAUAAUGUUAGAAAAAAAAAAAUUAGUGGGAAUAAAAUUUGUACACAAGAAAUAAGUAUAAGAUCAAAUUUAGGAUAGUAUAAAUGAGAGUAGAAUCUAAGAAGUUCAAGAAUAAACAAGCGAUGAUUCUCUUAAAAAUAAUAGUCUUCUUGCAGUCGGGUUAAAAGGAGAGCCAUAAAAUAAAGAAAUAACUAUAGUUUAAUUAAAUGAUGAAAAAUCUAAAUAACCUGAUCCACCUAUGUUGACUGUUAAUGAAAUAAUAGAACAUCAAUCUAAAGGCUUAAAGAAAUCAUAAUCUAGGAUUAAUUUGAAUGAAUAAGAGGCAAAGUCCUUUUCUUGCAGUCCUAAAAAAUUAGAAAACUCAUCAUCUCGAAAACAAUCAGAUGUUAUAAAUAAAAAUAAUGAACCUAAAGAAUCUGAACCAUAAAAGAAUAAUGAAAUAAUUUAAUAGUAAGAAGAAAAUAAAUAAGAAAAUAAUUAAGAUGAAAAAUAAUUAGAACCUUAAGUAGAACCAUAAUAAACUGUUAUUAAUUUCUUAAUAUAAGGACCUGUAAAAUAAGAUAAAACUUAAACACCUUCUAUAUUAUCAAAUUUAUUAAAUAAGGUUAUUCCAGAAGAGAAAAAGACUGUAGAAUAAUAAGAAAAGAAUAUAAAUAAUUUUUCAGAUACUCCUUUAUUUGGAUUUGGAAAGUCUAAUGAAGGUCUUCAAGGAUAAAUGUUAGCUAGUAAAAUUAAUGUUUAAUCAUCUUUAUUUGCAUCUUAUGAUUCAAAAGAAUUGAAUUAAUAAUAAUCAUCUGAUUAAAGUUCAAUGUAAAAUUUGUAAUAAAAUUAAUUUACUUUCCUUUAAAAUAAACCAAAUGUUUCUGAAGCUUAAUAAUAACCUUCAAAUACUGAAUCUUCAAGUUCUAAUGUAAAUAAUAAAAAAGAUUCUUUGGAUUAAUAACCAAAAAUAGAAGAAAACAAAUAAAUUUACAGUUUGUUCAAUAAUAUAUCUGGAAGUUAAAAUGAUUAAUUUAAUACAAAUGAUUAAUUCCGUCCAAAGAAAUAACUCUUUUAAAACUUUCUUAAUGUAGCUUAAUCUACAUAAGGAGAGUAAAAAGAUGAAAAUAAAUAGGAUUAAACAAAAGAAAGUAUCUAAAUUCAAAUAAAACCAGAAGAAUAAAAAUCUGUUAGUUUAUUCUCAGGAAUAGUACUUUAAGUUCCAGAUACUAAAAAUUAACCAGAAAAAAAUAAUAAUACAAUAACAUAAAAGGAAUAAGAGUAAUCUAUUUCACCAAUCCAAUCUUUUUUCAAAAUGUAAACUAAUGAUAAUAAUAAUAAAGAAAAGCCAUCUACUGGUCUAUUUGGUGAUCUAUUAAUUAAAUAAAAUGAAAAAGAGAAAAUUAAUUUAGAUGUUAAAGUUGAAGAAUAACCUCCUUUAUUAAAUAAUGUCAAUAGUGUAUAAAUUAAUAAAAUUUAAGAUAAUAAAGAUACAACUAAUAAUAUUGUACCAACAUCAAUCUUUGGUACUAAUAGUCUAUUUAAUUUUGGAAAUAAAAAUAAUUUAGAAACUCCAACAAAUUAAGAUAGUAAAUAAUAAUAAAAUAAUUCUUCAAAACCAGAAAUAUAAACACCAUUACCUAAUUCUAUUGGAUUGAACUGUUAAUGGAAAUCAUCAUCUGAUGAUCAAAAAUAAAAUAACUAAUUUAAUAUCAAUAGUGAACCAAAACAAUAAAAACCAUAAUCUCCUUUUGCAUUUUUGUAAUAAUAAUAACCAAAAAGUGAACAUACAAAAUCUGAUAAUUUAUCUUCUGAUCAAAUUAUUAAAUCAAUAGCUACUCCAGUAAAACCAAUUGAUAAUCCCUUUUUAUAAUAAUCCCCAAAAAUUGAUUAAGAAUAAAUAGACUCAUAUUUUUCAAAUCAUUCUUAAUAGAAUAGAGUUAUUUAAGAUGGUCAGAUUAAGGUUUAGACUUCCCUAUUUUAAAGUGAUUUAUUCAAAUAAUAAAAUAAUGGACCAUCCAUGUUUAAUUUCCCACAAUAUCCAUAACAAUAAACAUAGCCAUAACCAUAAUAAUUACCUAUAUAAACAUAAGUUUUCUCUUUCUAAUAAAUUCCCUAAUAAAAUUAAUUCCCAUAAUAAAAUACUUUAUUCUAAACAGGUUUAAAUAAUUACAUGAACAUGAGUAAUAAUGGAAUGCAUAAUGAAAUGGAAUAUAUAGAAAUGCCUUAACCUAAUCAAUAAUUAUAAUAUGGAUAAUAGUAAUAGUAAUAAUUGAAUCCAUUUUAAUCAAUUUUAUAACCUUCACUUAGUGCACCUUCUACUUUCCCUACAUAAUUACAGUAGUAAAUUUCUGGUGGUUUUAAUGCAGUUUAAUUAUUUUAAUAAAACUCAUAACCAUAACAUGAUCUGACGUCUUAAUUGUUUAGUCAUAAUCAAAAUAACAGUAAAAUUAAUUUAUUAUUUUCAGGUCUAUUCCCACAAGAUCAAUCAAAGUCAGUAAAUUAAUCACAAAGUUUAAAUAGUAGUUUCUAGAGUAGGGAUAAAAAAAAGAAAUAAAGAAUUUGA